AUGGAGAAGUACGAGAAGGUAAUGUAUUUGGGCAGAGGAGCAUCUGGAGAGGUUUUCCUGAUGAAACACGCUGAAUCUGAGCGGCUGCAUGCAGUGAAGAGAAUCAAACUGGGAAGUACAUUGACACAGAGGGCUGUUUUUCAAGAGGCGGAGAUCAUCGGCAAGCUGAAGCAGCCUCACAUUGUGAAUUGCAGCGAGGCUUUCGUAAGCCCUGAUGACGGCUUUAUUUACAUUGUGAUGGACUACUGCGAUGGCGGGACGCUAGACGACAAAGUCAAAGAGAGGAAACCAAGAGACUUCUUCAUGGAAAAUACGGUCAUGGGAUGGUUUGUGCAGGUCGCUCUGGCUGUGAGUUACAUCCACAAGGUCAAAAUACUUCACAGGGACAUCAAAACCUCAAAUGUGAUGCUAACAAAACAAGGCAUGGUAAAGUUGGGUGACUUUGGGGUAUCCAGAGUGAUGACAUGCACAGCAGACAUGGCCUCCACAUGUGUUGGAACUCCCUGCUACCUCAGCCCAGAACUCUGCCAAGAUGUCCCUUACAGUUCCGAGUGUGACAUCUGGGCCUUGGGCUGCCUCCUCUAUGAGAUCUGUGCUCUUAAGCCUCCAUUUACCGCUUCCAAUCUCCUCAGUCUCUUCCACAAAAUCACCAAAGGAGAGUACGAUCCAGUGCCUGACCUUUACUCCCAAAACGUAUUUUCUUUAAUCCAGGCAAUGUUAAACAUUAAACCCCAAAACAGACCAAGUGCUUCCUGUCUGGUUGAUGGCGCCUUUGUGAAAGAACACUUACGGCGUAUUCAAUAUAGCAACAUGCUGAAUGACGACGGCGAAGUGGAGGAAGAUGGCGCCCAUGCUGAUGCACAUAAUCAAAGUGGCUCCCUUUACCCUGAUGACUUUGACGAAGACGAGGAGGGGAGUUUGUCUUCUUUAGAGGAACAAAGCCAACAUUCAGUAUUUUCACAGUGUUACCAAGAUGCUGGGGAACAAGUGGAGUAUCCCGAUGACUUUGAAGAAGAUGAGGAAAAGGAUGAGUGUUCAGAUGUGGCAUAUGGAUAUCACAGUUCCUUUUUAGCGCACGAUGAGUCUCUGGAUGAGUUUCAGCUCUGUGAUGCUGGAGGAAUGGUUGUCACAUUGAAGGCCUUGAAGGAGAAAGGCUGA